AGGCAGAAGAAGCCUCGCACGCUUUCAGCGCUCUCUGCACCCGCAGGUGGUUCAGCCCGGGAGCAUCGCCCCCCAUCCAGCAGGAGAUACAGCUGCUAUGGUUUUUUGAAUGAAAAUCGCUGUAGGUUUGAGUGAUUCUGGAAGCCCUCGAAUUAAAGGAGCCAUAAUUUCAGGCUUUACAGGUCCUUGCCAAGUCCUUGCCAGGCCUCGUUCGGAACAGCUAGUGUGAUGGUUCAGCAACUGCACCUGCACUGGCGUCUUCUCCAAGCCGGAACUGCCAUGGCAGAGGGGUUCCCCCUCGUGGCAAUUGGGAGGCAAAAAGAAAAUGAGAGGGGCUUCGGACAACCUCUUACACCGGCUGCUCCCACUUUCAUCCCAGCAUGAUCCCAGUUGCUGCCAGAAUAGUUCCAGUUGUUCCCAGUUCCUCCCAGGAUGAUCCCAGGUGUCCUUAGAAUAGUCCCAGUCCCUCUCAGCAUGGUCCCAGCUGUUCCCAGUGUGGUUCCAGUCCCCCCAGUAUGGUUACAGACACUCCCAGUAUAUCCCAGUUGGCCCAGUAAGGUUCUAGUUACUUCAGAAUGAUCCCAGUCUUUCCCAGUUACUCCCAGUUGCCUCCAGCAUGAUCCCAGUUUCUGGCAGUUGCCCAAACUGUGGUCCCAGUUGAUCCCAGUAUGAACCCAGUUGCCCCAGUUGUGGUCUCAGUCCCCUCAGCAUGGUUUGUGUACCUUCCAGUUGGUCCCAGUUGCUCCCAAUGUGUCCACAUUUUCCUCCCAGCAUGGGCCCAGUAGCUCCCAGUAACCCCCAGCCAGGAUCCAUUCACACCUGCUGGAAUCCUAGUGGCUCCCAGGAUGAUCCCAGCUGCACCCAGUCCCCCCCAGUAUGGUUCCAGUCACUCCCAGUAUGAUCCCAGUCACUCCCAGAUCCUCCCAGUAUGAUUCCAGUCAUUCCCAGAGUGUCUCCCUGUCACUCCCAGUGCGGGCCCAGUUGCUCCCAGUCACCUCCAGCAUGGUUCCAGUCACUGCCAGCACCUUUCCAGUCUCUCCCAGUCUGAUUCCACUAUGAACCCAGUCACACUUAGAUAUUCCCAGUACUAUGCCAGUCACUCCCAAUAUGAUGCCAGUCAGUUCCAGUAGAAUCCCAGUAUGACCCCAGCAUGGGCACAGCUGCUCCCAUUAUCAUCCACUGUGGUUCCAGCUGCUCCCAUUUACCCCCACAGUGGUUUAAGUCUCUCCCAGUGUAUCCCAGGUGCCCCCAGCAUGUUCCCAGUCACUCCCAGGUGUCCUCAGUUGCUUCCAGUCUGAUCCCAGUUGCUCAGAGCCACUCCCAGUCACCCUCAGUGCAGUCCCAGUUGCUCCAAGUAAGAUCCAGUAGGAUGGCAGUUGCCCCCAGCAUGCUUCCAGGUGCUUCCCGUUCUUCCCAGUGUGAUCCCAGUUGCCCCCAGUUGUCCCUUGUAUCAUCCCCAUCACUCCCCAUAUGAUCCCAAUCCCUCCCAGCAUGGUCCCAGUCAUGCCCAGUUGCCCCCAGUGUGGUCCCAGUCAUGCCCAGUUGUCCCCAGUGUAGACCCAGUCACUCCCACUCGCUCCCAGUUGCCCCCAGCAUGUUCCCAUCCCCGCUCCUGCCGUGGGCUGCCAGGGCUGCGGGAACAGGGCACUGAGAGUGUCGCUGCUCCUGGGGGAGGAGGAGGAGGGAGGGAAGGAGAGGGAUGAAGAAGUAGAGCCAGAAGGGAUGAAAGUAGAAGAAGAAGGUGGGCUUAGGGAGGAGGAGGACAACGAGGGAUGGAAGAGGAGGCGCGAGAGGAAGAGGAAGAAGAGGGACAAAGAAGAAUCAAGGAAAGGAGAAGGAACCACAAGGUCGAGCACUCCCUGAGUUCUGCAGCCCUACUGGGACCAUCACCCCCCAUCCCACAGGAUUUCCCAUUCCAAACCUUGGCCAGAUGGAGGAGCAGACUGUGAGGAAGAGGAAGAUGUCCCUAAACCCCCAGGCAGACAAGGAGCUGAGGAUGGAGACCAGGGAGGACAAAUCCCCACAGCAGAACCUCAUGGCAGAGGCUGUUUUGAGUGGCUCCAUGGCACAGGAAUCCAACAGGGAGGAAAAUCCUCAGAGAUCCUGCAGGAGGAGGGGCUGCAAAGCCAGCCCAGGGUGCUCUGAGGAGGAAAGACCCACCCUGUGCCAGGAAGGUGGACAAAGCUUCAGCCAGAGCUUGGAGCUAGUGGUCCAUGAGCAGCCUCAUGAGAAGGAGAAACCCUACAAGUGCUUGGAGUGUGGGAAGAGCUUCAGGAAGAGUAGCACCCUGCUCCGCCACCAGAUGAUCCACACCGGGGAAUGGCCCUAUGAGUGUGGGGAGUGUGGGAAGGGCUUCAGCUGCAGCUCAGAACUCGUCAGGCACCAACGCAUUCACACUGGGGAGAAGCCCUACGAGUAUCCUCAGUGUCAAAAGAGGUUUCAGAGCAGCUCAGACCUCCUCAAGCACCAGCGGAUUCACACAGAGGAGAGGCCCUUCCGCUGCCCCGACUGUGGGAAGGGCUUCAAGCGCAACUCCCACCUCAUCAGACACCAGCGCAUCCACACUGGGGAGAGGCCCUAUGAGUGCCCCACGUGUGGGAAGAGGUUUCACACCAGCUCAGAUCUCCUCCUGCAUGAGCGGAUUCGCACAGAUGAGAGGCCCUUCCACUGCCCUGACUGCCGGGAGGGCUUCAAGCAAAACUCCACCCUUGUCACCUACCGGCGCAUCCACACUGGGGAGAGGCCCUACAAGUGUCCCCAGUGUGGGAAGAGCUUCUCCAGGAGCUCUAACUUGACCAGUCACCAAUGGAGGCACCAGUAA